GAGUCCUGGAGGACUGAAGGGCCGGAGAGACUUCAGCGUGUGAUUAUGGCUAAUCCCUCCUUAAAUAACCCUGAGCGGUGAGCUAAUGUUGUGCAGGACGAGGACAAUACUUCUGAACAGAGAGAGUGUAUUUCAUGUCAGCUGGAGUCCAGGAUGAAUUUUGCAGCGCAGUUUUUUGCUAACUUCGUGAAGGACGGCCUGCAGGCGCAGGAGACGCGGAGGAGCUUUAGUGACAGCGAGGAAUACGAUCCCUUCUGGCAGAGAGAGUCUCCAGCUGCUUCCCAGUGUCCUCCUGAGUCUGAGAGAAGUGAUGUGACGGGUGUAGCGGAUCCGCUGUGUUCUCCUUCCCAUCCUGUGCUUCCUCCAUCCACUGACUCACACUCAACCCUUGAGACGCCCAAACCUGGACCAGAACUCACACUGAGACACCAGGCUUCAUCUCCAUCACCGUCAGCAUCUCCUCUUCCUCAUCCCGCUCCGAGAAAACCCAGCAGGUCUCAAGCUGGAGCUUCAAAGAGGACUGAUGCUCCUCAGCCCGCUUCCAAAGCUCCCGAUCCUUCUCCUGUAGAAGCAGCAGACCCGUGCUCAUCCGUAGCUCUGCCUCCGUUCCCACAGCUCACAGAGAACGCCACUCUCCUGUCGCUCCUCCAAGCUUUAGUCUACAUCCUCCUCAGACUCUUCCUCACCUUCAUCCUCCUCUUCCUGCCACGGUAAACGUGUGAGAGAAUGAGAGCUGAGAGAGAUCUUUUAUU